AUGAACAGCGCCCUGCCGUACGAGGCGGCUUCGCGGAGCGGCGAGUGGGAGCGUGACAUCGGGGCCCGACGGUUGUCCUCCCCCCGGGGCCUGCUGCCCUCCCCGCCCGUCCCCCGCCGGCCCUCGGCCCCGCCGGGCCUGCUGCCCCCGCUCCAGACGCAGCGCCUCUCCUCCUCGCUCUGCUCGUCCGCCUCGCUGCCGGGCCCCGCGCGCCGGGCCCCCGGCCCCUGCCGCUGGCCCCUGGGCGUCAUGGCCCUCCUCCGCCUCAGCCUGCUGCUGUUCAGCUGCCUGUUCUGGGCGGCCGGCCUGGCCAUCUUCACCCUGGGCGUGUGGACGCAGGUGUCCCUCUCCGAUUACAUGCUGCUGUCGGCUAACAGCUACCCCAACGCGCCGUUGGCCCUCCUGGCCACAGGGGGCGCCAUCACGGCCUGGGGGUUCCUGGGCUGCCUGGGCACGGCCGCCAGGCUGCCCUGCCUGCUCCGGGCGUACGGCUUCUUCCAGCUCUUCACGCUGGUGGCGGGGCUGGCCGCCGGGCUUUCCGGGCUGUUCUACCGCGAGGACAUCGCCGAGGGGUUCCGCAGCGGGCUGCAGAGGGCGGUGGCCGACUACGGGGAGGACGAGGGCCGGGCCAACGCGCUGGACGGCCUGCAGAGGGCGCUCAAGUGCUGCGGAGCCGAGGGCUGGGAGGACUGGCUGGAGUCGGACUGGACCCCGCUGGGGCCGGCGGGGAACGAGUCGCGGAUCUCGGUGCCGGACAGCUGCUGCGCCCGGCGGAGGGACUGCCGGAACCGUCCCGUGCCCGAACGGGGCGAGGAGGCCGGGAUCCACCGGCACGGAUGCUUCCGGAAGGUCUUCGGGGUGGUCAACGACAACGUCUUCCACAUCGCCGCCACCGUGCUGGGCCUGGCCUUCACGCAGGUCGCCGGGAUCUCCCUGGCCUGCCUGCUGGCCAAUCGGCUGCCCCCCAGAGCCGGGCCCGGGGGCGGGCUCUGA